AUGGCUAACAACCCCAAGGUCUACUUCGACAUGACCGUCGGCAACGCCUCGGCGCGCUGGAUCGUGAUGGAGCUCUUCGCGGACACGACGCCGCGGACGGCGGAGAACUUCCAGACGCUGUGCACGGGCGAGAAGGGGGUAAGAAGGUCGUGCGGGCGGCGAUUUCACCGCCGGGGGGAGUCGAUCUACGGGGCGAAGUUCGCCGACGAGAACUUUAUCAAGAAGCACACGGGGCCGGGGAUCCUGUCGAUGGAGAACGCGGGGCCGUGGACGAACGGGCCGCAGUUCUUCAUAUGCGAUCGAGCAGGUCGGGUCGUAGUCGGGCCGGACCACACCACUAAGCCCGUUGUGAUCGCUGACUGUGGUCAGCUCUCUUGA